AUGGUAUUACGGAAGAUUCUACUACUCCGAGUCCUACUCAUACUGAGCCUUGUCAGUCCAUUGAUUCAAGCAGCGGAAGAAGAAUCAGAACAACGAGAAGAUGAUGACUAUGUCCGAGUUUUGGUGGGAUUCCAUGACCGUGAUCAAGAAAAGGAAUACGUUCGUAGACAACGCAUGCGGCCCAGAACGGGUAAACCUCAGUCCAAGAUCAACUACGAAUUCAAACAGACUGAAGCCUUGGCCAUGCAAGUCACUCGUGCGGAAUUGGAGGAGAUGAGACGAGACUCCAAACAAUUCAGUUAUGUGGAAGAAGAUAUUUUGGUUCCUGUUGCAGCUGCUGCUGGGUCUUCCAAUUCCGCCAAUGCCACCAAUACUUGGGAUGAAAGAAUGCAGCGCCAGCUACUCGAAUUCAAAAGUUAUGGUAUUGAAUUGACGCAAGCCCAUCGGACGAUCAAUCCAGAUCCGAAUUGGGAUCAAGAGUGCGGAGUGUACCUCUGUGUAAUUGAUUCUGGAGUUUUCAUCGACAAUUUGGACAUUCCAUAUUCUAGAGGAGACGGUUAUGUGGAUGGUAAAACCUUUGGUAGUGCAGAGGGGCAAGAAUGGUUUAAUCCCAAAGGAACGGAUCACGGUACCCAAGUUGCGGGAGUCAUGAUUGCCCAAGGUGGCAACAAUAGAGGUAUUAGUGGAGUCAUUCCUAUGGGACCCAAGCGAAGCAAUGUGUGUUUGCGUGUUGCAAAGGUGGUUUCGGAUGGGGAAGGCGUUUCAUCCGUGUCUGCCUUGCUACAAGCUUCUGAAUGGUGUGCCGAAGAAGCUGGCGACAAACCGGUAGUAAUCAAUCUAUCAUUUGGUGUCGAAAUUGAAAUGUCGACGGAAAAGGCCAUUUACCAAAGACUCUACGACCAAGGCGCUUUGAUCGUGGCGGCUGCUGGGAAUCGCGGCGGUACUGACUACAUGUAUCCAGCGGCUCAUGAUUCGGUAAUUAGUGUGGCCAGUAUCAAUGCAAGGUCCGAGCAUUCCAGAUUUUCGCAACGAAACGACAAGGUGGAAAUUGCAGCUCCUGGAGAACAGAUUCAAACCCUAAAGGCAGAGUCCAAUGAAAUAAUGGUGUCUCAAGGAACUUCCUUGGCCAGUCCCUUUGUGGCCGGACUUGCGGCACGCAUUUGGACGGCAGUACCUCGUUGCAGUAACAAGGAGGUGCGACAAGCACUGCGGGAUACCGCACGUCGAUUGGGCGAUGGGGUGCCGAAUCGCAAUUUUGGAUACGGAUUGAUACGAGCACGGGAUGCCCACGAUAUGCUGGUUGCGUCCGGUUGCAACCCCGAACCACCUACGAAAGCUCCCACACAACCACCCACUCCAGCGCCCACCAUUGACUGGGGAGCGAAUACUUUCUUGAGAGAAGAUGAAAGAAUAAAUCAAGACAAUCGUAUCGUCAGAAAUCCUGACAAUAAGGACAUUUAUCUCCAACAACAGUCUGAUGGAAAUCUUGUUCUCUUCGAUCAAAACAACCAAAUUUAUUGGAGCAGUGGGAUUGUUCACAUUCCGUCGAACAAGAGAUACUGGUCAGUCUUGCAAGGCGACGGCAAUUUGGUGACCUAUUCGGAAAUCAACAACGACAGACCCAAGGUAGAAUGGGCUAGCAACAGCCAAUCUCCAAUUGACAAUUACAAUCUUGUACUCACACCAAACCGAGACGGAAUGAUGAUUGCCCGACGCAGUGAUGGUCAAAUCAUUUGGUCGUCAAGAUCAUCAGAUGUGCGAACGUCGCAGAUGCAAACUCCAGAACGUCAAUCGACGGUAUCUUGGAUAUCUUGGAUAUUCGGAGAAUGGUGA